AUUGUCAAAAGUUGGAAACGAUUUUCGUUGAUUUUGUUUUCGUUUUUUUGUUGCUACUCUUGCUGAUGUUGCUGUUGGCUGCCGCUGCUGACUUUUGGCAAUGGAGCCAAAGCAGCCGGAUCAGGGCCAGGCCCAAAAGCAGGACCCAGGUCCUGCGGCCCCCAAUGAGCCCUUGAGCAUAGCGCAGUCCAUGGCUUCAUUUUACAAAUAUGAUCCCUAUGCAAAGCGAACCGUGGAGAAGCCCUUGACUAACUGUGACGCCUUCAUCUCGCUGCUGAAGUGCGUAAUUGGAACGGGUAUUUUGGCAAUGCCACUGGCCUUUCGCUGCUCGGGCAUUGUAGUUGGCAUUGUGAUGUCUGCCCUUUUGAUGGUCCUACUGACAUACUGCAUCCAUUUGCUGAUUUCCAGCAUGACUGAGUGCUGUCGGAGGCGUCAGGUGCCGCAGGUCUCAAUGCCGGAGGCUGUGAAGAUCUCCUACGAGGAGGGUCCUCGUUGCGUGCAGUGCCUGGGUUCCGCUGCUGGCAUUAUGACCAGCUGUGUCCUGGUCAUUGGUCAGUUCCUGCUGUGCUCCGUGUAUUUGGUAUUCGUGUCCAAGAACUACAAGGAGAUUGGGGAUUAUCACUUUGGGAAGACCUACGAGGCGUAUUACGUCAUGUGCCUUUGUCUAGUGCUUCUGCCGCUCUUCCUGAUCCGUCAACUUAAGUAUCUGGUGCCUUUGAAUAUACUCUCGAACAUCCUGUUGUAUGUGGGCUUCAUCCUGAUCAUGUAUUACUUGUUCAGUGAUCUGCCCAGCAUCAACGAUAGAGUCUUAGCUCAGCCACCUCUCGAAUGGAUCGAGUUUUUUGGCAUUGCUGCCUUUUCCCUGACUGCCGUGGGUUCGAUGCUUGUCGUAGAGGCGAAUAUGGCGCAUCCCCAAAACUAUCUGGGCCUCUUUGGAGUCCUCAAUCUGGCUGUAUUCUUUAUCCUGUUUUCGAAUUUAUUCUUCGGAAUAAUGGGUUACUGGCGAUUCGGCGAGAGUGUUGAGGCCAGCGUCACACUCAAUAUUCCGCAGAGUGAAAUUUUAUCACAGGUAAUUAAGUUUUGCAUAGCCACAGGGAUCCUGCUCAGCUAUCCCCUGCAUGGCUUUGUGGUGAUCACUGUGAUCUUCUGCGACUACAGUCAGACUGAGGAGAAGAAAAAGCAUCGAAUUCUGAUUGAGUACUUGGUUCGCAUUAUAUUUCUGUUGUUAACAGGAGUGGUGGCCAUUGUCAUGCCCAAUUUGGCAGCUCUCACGGAGCUGGAGGGUGCCUUUUCGCUGAGCAAUCUGAACUUGCUGUGUCCCGCCCUGAUGGAUAUAUUCCUGUGCUAUGGUAAGGGCUAUGGCCGCCUGAAAUGGAGACUGAUUCGCGACUUGGUGCUCAUCCUGAUCGGACUUAUCUUUGGCGUGGUUGGCUGUGCGAUGGCCAUAAGGCAGCUGAUACACGACAUCCGGAUGACUCUCAGCCAGAUGUAGGAAGAGAGGCUUUCCCAUUGGAUUUCUCUUACUGUUGGGG